GCUCUCUCUGCUUUUCUCUCUCCUGGCACUUGUACUUGGAAUUAUUCGUAUUAUUAUUCUCAUUAUUAUCUUACCUGCCCACGGUAGUAUUAUCUAUCCAUCCUUCGCUGCCCUGUACAUUUUAUUACCCCCCCCCCCUCUAGGCCCCCCCUUCCCUAAGCCGAACCCAGCUGAUUCUGAUUUCCUCCCCCUCCCGCUCACCCCGUCCCUUUAUUUAAAUCCCCCUCUCCCAUUCCCCACGUUACCACCGUUCCUCUUUUUACUAUUCUUCAUCUACCACUCCGCUUCCACCUCAGCCUCAUCUGCACCCACGCCAUCACACACCAUCUAUCCAUCUACAAUCCCACUCUACUUCAUCUCCAACCUCAUUCAAUAUGACUGGACGCGGCAAAGGUGGCAAGGGCCUCGGAAAGGGUGGUGCCAAGCGCCACCGCAAGAUUCUGCGUGACAACAUCCAGGGCAUCACGAAGCCUGCUAUCCGACGUCUCGCUCGUCGUGGUGGUGUCAAGCGUAUCUCAGCCAUGAUCUACGAGGAGACGCGAGGUGUCCUCAAGUCCUUCCUCGAGGGCGUCAUCCGUGACGCCGUCACCUACACCGAGCACGCUAAGCGCAAGACGGUCACCUCGCUCGACGUGGUCUACGCCCUGAAGAGGCAAGGCCGCACCCUCUACGGUUUCGGUGGUUAAGCGUCGUUGUUCUUGCAUUGGGAAGGGAAGGGGUCUCACGUCGGUUACGAAAGUCGGUUUUCUCUCUAGCUCGCGCUCCCCCCUCGGGCGUGCCCCGGGUCAUGAUCAUGGGAUUUGGUUUCUGCGUUUACAACGGUGUUUGCUAUUGUACCAUAGGGUGGCCAACGGGGUCUGACUACCUAGAUUUGCCCGUCUGGGUGUAAUCAAUCCGAAAAGGAUUCUUGAACGUACCAUUCUGUCUUGAAUGACCUGUGAC